AUGACGUCAAGAGGGAAAUUAGUUUCGCUGAUCGCUGUGGUGCUGUUGAGCACUGAACCAGUGGAACUCAGUUGGCAGAAAUCCCACCCGCUGUUGAACGAUGUCGUGAAGAUGUUCGAGCGACAAACGGACACAGCCCAAGCUGUGAUGCGGGUGGCGUCGCCCUUAAGGAACGCUACUUCGGAGCCCCCGGUUUUGCCAGUGGUAUUCGAGGCAAGUGGUGAGGAAGCGCCGGCGCGCCUGCGCGUGGGCCGUUUGCUGAAGGCUCUGCGCGCGUCUCCGCUGUGGGCGGCAGCGGCGCAGCAGGUGGUAGCCCUGCCUGACGCGACCGCGCAGGUCUUACGGGAGGCGCAGCGCGCCCUCGCUCGCUUCGGCGUCGUACGGGCGCUCGGGAUAUCAGCCACGAACCAGCCUUCGCCCACCGGUGUACGUUUCAAUACCGUCCAGCGCCCCAGCAGACCUCCUCCGAUUACUCACGACCUCCGUCUCACGAAGCGGCCCGUGGACCUGCGGAACGCUCCUGUCGUUUUUGCGUUCGUCACCAAAGAUCGCGCUGACGAAGCGAGAAGAUACAAAAGAUAA